UCCUCUGAUCGUUCGCUGGCGACGCCAAGCUCAAGGUGCGCACUGACCUCGGCGACUUUGUGAGGAGUGUGACCACCGUUCCCCUACCAGGAGCGGCAGGUGCUCCGAUUAUUGACUUCGAGGUGAGCAUGAACGGCGAAUGGGUGCCCUGGAGCAACAAGGUGCCAAUCAUCGAGGUGGAAACACACAAGGUGGCCUCGCCGGACAUUGUGGUGCCCACGCUGGACACCGUGCGCCACGAGUCGCUUCUCUACACCUGGCUGGCGGAGCACAAGCCAUUGGUGCUCUGCGGACCGCCUGGCUCCGGUAAGACCAUGACCCUGUUCUCGGCUCUUCGCGCCCUGCCGGACAUGGAAGUGGUGGGCUUGAACUUCUCGUCGGCCACCACGCCGGAGCUGCUGCUCAAGACCUUCGACCACUACUGCGAGUACCGCAAGACCCCCAACGGAGUGGUGCUCUCGCCCGUUCAGAUCGGCAAGUGGCUGGUGCUCUUCUGCGAUGAAAUCAAUCUCCCGGACAUGGACAGCUACGGCACACAGCGUGUGAUCUCCUUCCUGCGACAGCUUGUGGAGCACAAGGGCUUCUACCGGGCCAGCGACCAAGCCUGGGUGUCCCUGGAGCGCAUCCAGUUCGUAGGCGCUUGCAAUCCGCCCACCUGA